GAGUCUUUGGCGGAGUUGGGUUGUCGCGAGUGUCACCUCUUACUGGAUACUCAACUGACAGGUAUGCAGGAGGACCAUGCCCUCGCCAUGGAGCUGGGGUUUGUGGUGUCAACGAUGCCUUCUGCUCCACUCGCCUUGCCUCAUAACAAGCAGAGACCCAUCCCUACAAUCUACGUCUACCCUACAGUUCAGCCGGAGACCAUAGUGAUCCCCAUAGUGUCCUGUAUCUUCGGGUUCCCGUUGUUGGCGCUGCUGGUCAUAUGUUGUCUGCGGCGUAGAGCCAAGCUGGCUAGGGAACGGGACAGGAGAAGAGCCGGUAACUGCGAGUCCGAUCCUGGAGCUAUAUCUUUGGUCCGUUUCAGUCCAAUGCAUCGACUAGGAGUAUACCUGGCAGGACCGACAGCCAGUCGAAAUCGAGCAGUCAGUCUGCGUAGCGAGCGAGCCCUCAGUAGAGCGUUCCCCUCGGCAGAACUAGACACCGUCGUGGAGGAAAGGUCCGAUCCUGACCCAGAGUCUACCGCUGUAGAGGUCUUAAGUCCGGACAGCUAGCAUAACGGCUUGGAGGGCAAGGCUAUACCUCGCUCUCCGCUAUGGAACACCCUGACCAACAAUUCAGAUGAAAAUUCCUCAGCUGAUGAUCGCGACCUUAUGCCCAGCUGACAUCAUCUGAACAUCUGACACUCGAUUGUAGACAUGACAGUGCUACCAACACUGCUGACAUGGCCACCUACGCCUGACUCGGACAGUUCUACCAACCACAAGGUGAACGUUGAGUGUGUAUAGCACGAAAUGUCUACAAAAACGUCGAUGGAGUGAGUGUCAGAAGACAUACAUGACUUUGGAGAAGUUUUCUUAGAAUUAUUUUUGAAAAUUAACUCGCUAGGGGUAAAUGUGUCAGGGGAUCAAAAGAAUAAAAUGUUAAAAGAGAUUAGUAAACUAUUUUUUAAAUUCUAAGUGAAUUUCAAAAGUUCAGCUUCCGUUUUUCGUACCUAUUAGAACAUAUUUUUUUAAAAAAUAAUCGCCUAU